AUGCGUAUUCCAAAUGAUAUAGAAAGUUCAACUCCUACUAAUAUUUUACAAUAUACAAAAAAGACAUAUGAACAGUUAUAUAAAUCUAAUAGCAUAAAUAUAGAGGCGAUGGCAGAGUUUACAUCUAAUAUUCAGUCUGAAUCAGAAGAACAAAACAUGAACCUGCCAUGGAACAAAAAUAAUCUUACUUUAGCAGGCACUACGGGAGAUAAUUUCUCAGUCAAAGGUAUGACCAAGUUCUUAAAGGAGACAGCUCUUCUCAAUAUUGAAAACCGAAGUCAACUAAUAAAUGAUUCAACAAGAAACAGCUGGAAUUGGAUAAAGAGUAGGGGAUUCCAAAUGUUAAGGAAAAUAUAUACUGGCGCUUGCAGCAUAAAGCCCUUCCCCUGGGCUAUAGGAUUAAACACUUUGACCUCAGAGAAACAGGAGAAUGUAUAA